GUGACCUGCUUUGUUGACGGUUGUCGCUGCAUUUUGCACCAUGAAGUCACAGUCUCUCCGAGCAGGUGGUGCAAUGUCGUCGUCCUGCUAGCAGGACGACAACCCGGAUUUACCUCCGGAAAAAAAAACGACGCCUGAAUCCCAGUGGAAUGUGCACACAAACGUUGCACUGAUGCUGGUAUCGGAUUAAGAAAAAGAAGAGGAAGGAAAAAAGGAAUCGCUUUGAGGGAGACGAGAAGAUCGGGAAGUUCAUGUGCCUAAUCCUGCUUUUCUGAGCCACAGUAGACGGUUAAGUGAACUGUGUUCUCUCUGCUGGCAAAAAAAUGGCUGUCAUGCGGCAGUUCGGAUUGCUGAUGUGGAAAAACUAUCUUCAGCAGAAACGUCAGAUCCUGGUGACGCUGGUGGAAAUAGCCCUGCCUCUCCUUUUCUCUGGCGUCCUCAUCGUGCUGCGAGAGAAUGUGUCUUUUAAGAUCUACCCAAACACCACGUACCAGAGUUUCUCUGUUGAUGAAUUGGAGGCCUGUCCAAUCCAAAAACAGUUGGCGUAUGUACCAGGAAACUCCAGUGUGGUGCGUCACAUGGCAGAAAAUGUGCUAAAAAUCCUGGAUUUAUGGUCAGUACGUGGAUUUGACACGGAGGAGGAGUUUGAGCACUUUGUGAAAAAUGACCGUCUGUCAAAAGAGGUGCUGGCUGCUGUGGUUUUUGAACACUCUUUCACCCACGAUGAUGAACCAUUUCCCAAACAGGUGAGUUAUCACCUGCGUUUCCCAUACACGCCACGCUGUGCUCCUCUCCCAGAGAGUUCCGAGCUCAACCCCAACAGUGACCUGGACUGGCACACGCACAGUCUGUUUCCACUCCUCCAGCUGCCAGGUCCCCGGGAGCAGUUUAACCAAGAGGGAGGCACACCUGGUUAUUACCGAGAGGGCUUCCUGGCAGUGCAGCAUGCGGUUGAUCGAGCAAUCAUGCGUGCCUAUAACAGAAGUGCUGCUGACUCCCUGUUCGCCUCGAUCACAGUGCUCCUGUCACGCUUUUCUUACCCUGCAUAUACAUAUGAUGUCUUCAUCCUGGCUAUUCAGAGUCAACUACCCUUGGUAUUGGUGCUCAGCUUCACCUACACAGCCCUCAAUAUAGUCCGAGCUGUGGUGCAGGAAAAGGAAAGGAAACUCAAGGAGUACAUGAGGAUGAUGGGUCUCAGUAACUGGUUGCACUGGAGCGCCUGGUUUCUCAUGUUCUUCCUCUUCCUCUCUGUUUCAGUCUUCUUUGUUACACUGCUUCUCUGCAUUCAUGUGAGCUCGAACGGUGCAGUGCUGACCUACAGUGACCCCACCUUGGUCUUUGUCUUCCUGCUAGUCUUCGCUGUGGCCACCAUCAACUUCAGCUUUAUGAUCAGUGCCUUCUUCUCACGAGCGAAUGUAGGAGCAGCAGCAGGCGGCUUCAUUUAUUUCCUGAGUUACCUGCCUUACUUGUUCCUGUGGCCUCGCUACGACUUGCUGAGCCAUUCCCAGAAAGUGUCAGCCUGCCUUAUCUCUAAUGUGGCCAUGGCCAUGGGUGCUCAGCUCAUAGGAAUGUAUGAAGGCAAAGGCAUAGGAAUCCAGUGGAGUAACCUGUUUGAAUCUGUCACGGUGGAUGACGACUUCACCUUGGCCCAGGUCUUGACCUUGCUGCUUUUUGAUGCCCUGCUCUAUGGGCUGGUGGCCUGGUACAUGGAAGCAGUUUUUCCCGGUGAAUAUGGGGUGCCUCUUCCGUACUACUUCUUUGUACUGCCUUCAUACUGGUGCAGCAGCCCACGAAUGGCUUUGGUGAAAGAGAAAGAGGAAGAAGAAGAUGCAGAAAAGGCUCUGAAAGGAGAAUUUAUAGAAGAAGAACCAGCUGGAUUAGUCUCUGGGAUCAAGAUUAAACACCUUGCUAAGGAGUUCAAAGUGGGCAAUCAAACACGGCAGGCUGUGCAGGAUCUUACGAUGAACAUGUUUGAAGGACAGAUCACAGUGCUCUUGGGACACAAUGGAGCUGGGAAAACCACCACAUUGUCCAUGCUAACUGGUCUGUUCCCUCCCAGCAGUGGCAGGGCCUACAUCAACGGCUAUGACAUCUGUCAGGAUAUGGCUCUGAUUAGACGCAGUCUUGGACUCUGUCCUCAGCAUGAUGUGCUGUUUGAUAACCUUACUGUCAGGGAACACCUUCUCUUUUACACACAGUUGAAAGGCUUCUCCAAAGACAAGAUUCCAGAUGAGGUGGACCGGAUUCUCCGGAUCUUGAACCUUGAGGACAAGCGACAGGCUCGCUCUAAGACCCUCUCUGGUGGCAUGAAGAGAAAACUCUCCAUCGGCAUUGCCCUCAUUGGAGACUCGAAGGUAGUGAUGUUAGAUGAACCCACAUCUGGUAUGGACCCAGCAGCGAGACGGGCCACCUGGGACCUUCUGCAAGGUGAGAAGAGCGGUCGCACCAUCCUGCUCACCACGCACUUCAUGGACGAGGCUGACCUGCUCGGUGAUCGCGUCGCCAUCAUGGCGGGUGGGGAGCUGCAGUGCUGCGGUUCUCCUCUCUUCCUUAAAAACAAAUAUGGUGCUGGCUACCAUAUGGUGAUAGUAAAAGAUGCCUUUUGUAACGUGUCUGAGAUCACACGCCUCGUGCAUAUGUACGUUCCCAACGCUAUGCUUGAGAGCAGUGCCGGAGCCGAACUCUCUUACAUCCUGCCGAAGGAAAGCACCAGCAAGUUUGAGCUGCUGUUUGCUGAGCUGGAGAUGAACAGAGAGGAGUUGGGCAUCGCCAGCUAUGGUGCUUCAGUGACGACUAUGGAGGAGGUUUUCCUCAGAGUGGGAAAGUUGGUGGAUUCCAGUUUGGACAUUCAAGCCAUCCAGCUGCCAGCUCUGCAGUACCAACAUGAGAGACGCUCCCACGACUGGACAACAGACGAUACGAGCAGCAUCAGCGGCAUGACUGAUGUCACCGACUUCACAGACAGCGGCACACUCAUUUCAGAAGACUGCUCCAACAUUAAGCUGAACACUGGGGUCUACCUACAUUUGCAACAGUUUUAUGCCAUGUUCUUGAAGCGGGCACUGUACAGCUGGAGAAACUGGAAGGUGAUGGUGGCUCAGUUCCUGGUCCCUAUGGUCUUCACAAUUGUGGCUCUUGUUGUGGCACGCACCCUUCCCAGUGAAAAGAGUGCACCUCAUUUGAGGCUGGCGCUCAGCCGGUAUGGUUACACCCGCGUGCCCAUGUCUCUGCAGCCUGGGGCGGGUCCACUGGCCACUGUCCUGGCAGACGCAUACAGUUCCCAACUGUCUGCCCAGCUUGAACAUCUCAUCAACGUCUCAGAUGUUACUGAUUACAUCCUGGCCCAUACUAAGGCAGAAGGAGGACGCUUUAACGAGCAGUGUGUCGUGGGUGCUGCUUUUCGUGGCACAAGCAGUUCGAAUCUAGAAGCAACAGCAUACUUCAACAAUCAGGGUUAUCACACUCCUGCCAUGGCCCUCAUGAUGAUGGACAAUGCUCUCUUCAAGCUUAUGGCAGGAAAGAAUGCGUCCAUCCAAACCGGCAAUUACCCAAUGCCAAAAAGCAUGUCCGAGGUCGCCAUGACCCAGCUCACAGACAGCAAGACAGGCUUUGCCAUCGCCAUCAACCUGAUGUACGGCAUGGCCUCCCUGUCCAGCACCUUUGCUCUGCUGCUCGUCACAGAAUCUUCUAUUAAGUCCAAGCAUGUGCAGCAAGUUAGCGGUGUCUACCUGUCAAAUUUCUGGUUCUCUGCCUUGCUGUGGGACAUGGUCAACUUCCUGCUGCCCUGCAUCCUCAUGCUGGUGGUUUUCCAGGCAUUUGGGGUCGAGGCCUUUCUGCACACCCACCUGUUAGAUGUGCUGUUGCUGCUAAAGCUGUAUGGCUGGGCUGUUGUGCCUCUCAUGUACCUGCUCAGCUUCUUCUUCUCCACUGCAGCCGCUGCCUACACGCGCCUCACCAUAUUUAACAUGAUCUCGGGCACAGCCACUUUUUUGGCUGUCACCAUCAUGGCCAUCCCAGAGCUGCAGCUGCAGAACCUGUCUCACUUGCUGGACAAGGUGUUUCUGAUCUUCCCAAACUACUGUCUGGGCAUGGCCUUCAGCCAGUUCUACCAGAACUAUGAACUCCUUUCAUUUUGCACUGAAUCCAAAGUCAGCCAGUCAAUCUGCCAUUUGUACAACAUCACAUUUCAGACAAACUACUUAUCCAUGUCAGAGCCUGGUGUGGGGCGCUUCCUGGUGGCCUUCUCGGUGCAGGGUGUCGUUUUCAUCAUUCUGCUGUUUGUCAUUGAACUUCAGUGUUUCCGAACUCUGUGGCGAUUCAUCACCUCCCUGUGUAGAAGAUGCAAGAUGGUGCCCUUAAUAGGGGAUACAGCACUGCUUCCAGAGGACAGGGAUGUAGCCGACGAGAGGAAGAGGAUUAUGGAGUGCCAGCCCAUGGUAGAGUCCAUGGUUACCAGCCCACUCAUACUGCAGGAGCUCAGCAAGGUGUACAGCGGUGGGCGGAAUCUUGUGGCUGUGGACAGGCUGUCUCUAGCUGUGGGUAAAGGAGAAUGUUUCGGCCUCCUGGGCUUCAAUGGAGCAGGGAAGACCACCACGUUCAAGAUGCUGACAGGUGAUGAGACCCAUUACUCCGGUGAUGCCUACAUUGAUGGUUACAGCAUUUUGAGGGACAUUAAGAAGGUGCAGCAGCGAAUUGGUUACUGUCCACAGUUUGAUGCCGUGUUGGACCAUAUGACAGGACGAGAAACUCUGAGUAUGUAUGCCAGGCUUAGAGGGAUCCCAGAGAUGUACGUGUCGGGGUGCGUGGAGAAUGUGCUGAGGUCGCUGCUGCUGGAGCCGCAUGCUGACAAACUGGUCCGUAGCUACAGUGGUGGGAACAAGCGAAAGCUGAGCGCAGGCAUCGCUCUGAUUGGUGGACCACCCGUCAUUUUCCUGGAUGAGCCAUCCACUGGGAUGGACCCUGUGGCCAGAAGGCUGCUGUGGGAUGCCGUUACACGAACGCGGGAGUCCGGCAAGGCCAUAAUCAUCACUUCUCACAGUAUGGAAGAGUGUGAAGCUCUCUGCACCAGGCUGGCCGUAAUGGUAAAUGGUCAGUUCAAGUGCCUCGGGAGCCCUCAACACCUGAAGAGCAAGUUCGGCAGCGGCUACACACUGCUGGCGAAAAUACAUGUAGAGACUGAGCUGGAAGACAGUGACCUGCAACAAUUUAAGGAUUUCAUUGAAAGCACCUUCCCAGGAAGUCAACUGAAAGAUGAACACCAGGGGAUGGUGCACUACCAUUUGACUGAUAAAACACUUACCUGGGCUCAGGUGUUUGGCACUUUGGAGGCAGCCAAAGAGAAAUACUGCAUUGAAGACUACUGUGUGAGCCAGAUAACGCUAGAGCAGGUGUUCCUCAGCUUUGCCCAGUUCCAGCACUGCACAGAGGAGACGAGGAAGUAACCGGAGCCAGGAGUUCAUCCCAAACAUUGCAAGUGUGUGAAUCUUGUACACAGACUCUGUUAUACAGCCGCAGGUGUGCAAGCGGAACCUUUUUAGUGAAGUCCAACAGAACCCACCUGUCAGAUUUUACUUCUGCAUUAUGUCUGAUAGACAGGCCUCAUUUAAAUGUGCAAUUAUGUUUGUGCAUAUUCUCUUUUUGGUAUUUAUACUUUUUUCCACUUUAUUUUGUGCUCAUCAUGUGAGUGAGCCACUCUAUGUGAGGAUACUUUAUGGAACAGUUUGACACCUUUGCGCCUUAUGCAACUAAUAAGGGUUAUUUUUCCUUUUGAAGUUUGUUUACCUGCAAUGCCUUCUUAUCCUUACAAACC